GCGAUGUGCGCAGGCGCACAGGACUCUUCCGCUGUGCGGUGGCCCUCUUCGGCGGCUGCGGGCUUGGGAUGCUGCAGCUCGUGGUUGGUCGCAGCGGUUCGGCCCCUGCUAGAUUCCUGUCUAGUUCCACGAUGCCUAAGAAAGCCGGGACGAUGAGCAAGGGUAAAAACCAAACCAAGGAACCUGAAACACCACCUCCUCCUGCUGGGCCUGUGACAACUGAUCCUAAAGGUUGUGUCACCAUUGCCAUCCAUGCCAAACCGGGCUCCAAACAGAAUGCUGUGACAGAUCUGACCACUGAGGCUGUCGGUGUGGCGAUUGCGGCCCCUCCAUCUGAGGGAGAAGCAAAUGCGGAGCUCUGUCGGUAUCUUUCCAAGGUCUUAGAGCUCAGGAAGAGUGAUGUGGUUCUGGAUAAGGGUGGUAAAUCUCGGGAAAAGGUGGUGAAGCUCUUGGCCUCUACAACUCCAGAAGAGGUCUUGGAGAAACUGAAAAAGGAAGCUGAAAAAAAAUAAAGGCAAGAAAUGCGGAACAGCUGGACAAGCCAGUCAGGACAACUGACCUUACCCUUUGCUGUCCACAAUGGUGCCUCUGAUCUGCAGAUGUUGGGGACCAGUUGAAGAUCACAGCAUACAAGAUGACAAGAAUCGGGCUCCCUUGCCUCCCAGGGGCACCUUUAGCCUCACAUUGCCAUGGUGUUUCGGGAUUCUGGGGCUUUCUACUUCAGUUUACAAGUGAAAAACCUUUCAGGCUGCUUUAUAAUCCUACUUUCUAUUUUAAGAUGUUUGUUUAAAUGCAAGAAUGUUUUUUAAAUCUUUUAAAAAUUAUAUGGAACAUUUUGUGGAAAAGUAAAUAAUCGCAGUCAAUUGUUUUUGAAGACCUUGUAAAUCUUCAAAUCUAGAAGUUCUUAGGACUCUCCAAAGAUCUUAAAAGAAUAAAUUAGUGGCUGGAGUGAUGGCUGGCAGUUAAGAAUGCUUACUGCUCUUGGAGAGGACUUGAAUACAGUUCCCAACAACCCAA